UCACGAGCACUGCGAAACUACUUUUUGACCCACUCAGGCUGCUGUAGUUCGGUGGUAGUUCGAUUGUUUUGGCUGUGUAAUCACUGUCAGGUCAAAAUCCUGCUUAACGUUGUGGCGUCAUGUCUGACAAGAGUGAACUAAAAGCAGAGCUUGAGAGAAAGAAGCAGCGUCUGGCACAAAUCAGGGAGGAGAAGAAAAGAAAGGAGGAAGAGCGCAAGAAGAAAGAGGCUGACCAGUUGAAAGAUGUGGCAGUUCAACAGGAGGAGUCUGACCUUGAGAAAAAAAGACGUGAUGCCGAGGCUUUACUGCAAUCUAUGGGAAUAACUUCAGAGGCACCUGUUGUCCUUCCUCCUACGUCGCCUACUGCAAACACACCAAGUGAGGCAGGAAGCCAAGACUCUGAUGGAGCUGUGGGACCCAGGACUCUCCACUGGGACCCUGACCCGUCCACCCUUCAACUUCACUCUGAUUCUGAACUGGGGUACUGGACACUAUCUUCUCUUCUUUCCUGGCGAGCGACUCCAAAACUGGGAAUGGCCAAAGUCAUACAGGUGGACUUCCCUCCACGUGAAACUGUGUCUUACACAAAAGAGACCCAGACGCCUGUCAUGGCCCAGCAAAAAGAAGACGAAGAAGAGGAGGAAGAAAUCGCUCCUCCUCAGCCAGUGGUGGAGGCUCCAAUUGAGAAGCCGGACCAGAAAGAAGAAGAGGAAGCUCUAGUUCACGAGUUAACAGAGGAGGAGAAACUGCAGAUCCUGCAUUCAGAGGAGUUUGCCAAUUUCUUCGACCAUAGCACACGCAUUAUUGAGCGAGCUCUGUCAGAACAUAUAGACCUCUUCUUUGACUACAGCGGCCGUGACCUGGAAGAAAAGGAAGGUGAAAUCCAGGCUGGAGCAAAGCUCUCCCUCAACAGGCAGUUCAUGGAUGAGCGCUGGUCCAAACACCGCGUUGUGACUUGUUUAGACUGGUCGCUACAGUAUCCUGAACUCCUGGUUGCAUCAUACAACAACAAUGAAGAUGCUCCUCAUGAGCCAGAUGGCGUAGCUUUGGUGUGGAACAUGAAGUACAAGAAGGCUACCCCAGAGUAUGUCUUCCAUUGUCAGUCUGCUGUUAUGUCGGCUGCAUUUGCCAAGUUCCAUCCUAACGUAGUGGUGGGUGGCACAUAUUCUGGGCAGAUUGUGCUCUGGGACAACAGAAGCAAUAAAAGGACCCCUGUGCAGAGGACGCCUCUGUCUGCAGCAGCACACACGCACCCAGUUUACUGUGUAAAUGUGGUCGGUACACAAAACGCCCACAACCUGAUUAGCAUCUCCACUGAUGGAAAGAUGUGCUCUUGGAGUCUGGACAUGCUCUCACAGCCACAGGACAGCAUGGAGCUGAUGUUCAAACAGUCCAAAGCUGUGGCUGUCACCUCCAUGUCCUUCCCUCUGGGAGAUGUCAACAAUUUUGUGGUGGGCAGUGAGGACGGCUCUGUCUACACGUCCUGUCGUCAUGGAAGUAAAGCAGGCAUCAGUGAGAUGUUUGAAGGCCACCACGGCCCCAUCACAGGGAUCCACUGCCACACAGCUGCAGGGCCCCUGGACUUCUCCCAUCUUUUUGUCACCUCCUCUUUUGACUGGACUGUCAAGCUGUGGAGCACAAAGAACAACAAGCCUUUGUACUCAUUUGAAGACAACUCCGAUUACGUUUACGACGUGAUGUGGUCACCCACCCACCCUGCCCUGUUUGCUUGUGUGGACGGAGUGGGACACCUGGACCUGUGGAACCUCAACAACGACACUGAGGUGCCCACUGCCAGCAUCACAGUGGAGGGUAAUCCAGCCCUGAACAGGGUCAGAUGGGCUCAUUCUGGCAGAGAAAUCGCUGUGGGAGACUCUGAUGGACAGGUCCGAGUCUAUGAAGUUGGAGAGCAAAUUGCAGUUCCACGAAACGAUGAAUGGACACGAUUUGUCCGGACACUGGCAGAGAUCAACGAGAACAGAGAUGAUGCAGAAGAGCUGGCCGCUCAGCGGCUCGCCGCCUAAUGCCAUCUUAAUAUUUAACCCCCGAGGGACCAGAGGUUCGUUUUCAUCCCUGUACUGCAGGAAUAGUAACCAUCGGAAAGAGGUAUGAACAUGUUUGGAUUUCCUGUACCUAGAACUGGACAGAGUCUACCUGGUCAGACACCUGGACCAUCAACAAUCUUCCUCAGUCACACAGGAAACUUCAGACACUAAAGAUGACGCUGUCAGACACAAAUCAGUCGUCCUGUACUUUAACCAGAGGCCUUAACUUUUUCGUUUUCUUUAUUCACAGCAUGAUAAAUAAUUAAGCCUUAAUCAUUAGUUGUUGUUUUCUUAAAGCCAAAUGCUGGAGGCGAUCAAGCUGAAAACCACUGGAAUGAUUUCUGUUCCCACCAAAGACGAAGUGAAAACCUGAGAAUUCAAACAUCUCACCACCGUAGCUCAUGUUGACUCUUCUGCCUUCAUUCUUCACUCCUUCGUAUGAACUGUAAUGUCCAGAUUUAUUCAGCUGAAUUUUAAACUUCUAUAUUGUUAUAUCUUUGACCAGUGCUGCUGGUUAGAGCUGAGAUAGAGAUAGAAAAUCAUUGAUGCUGUAAAUGAUCAGGCUUUUUUUUCUUUUCUGAACGAUCUCAAAAAAUUUGCUAUCAAGACUGGGAGGGCGGGGGUAGAACGAGAAAACUUUGAAUGGUUUAUUCAAUAAAAUACAAUAAAUACAUUUAAAUUAG